UCUCCUGACUUACUUGCCAGUGACAGAGCUGCCCAUCUUUCUUUCCCUUCGUAUCCAACUCAACAAAGGUUUGAUGAAAUCCAUGUGAGCUACUGUGCAAAGGUGCUAUGUGUGUAUGACUCAGCUUCUGUCAACUCUGUCCUCCUUCCCCCAAGGCCAAGGACAGAACAGGGAAGUCCUUGUCUCCUUAAUAGACAGAUCACUAUGCAGAGCCUCGGCAAGGAGAACCACAGCUUUGUAUCUGAGUUCAUCCUCCUUGGUUUCUCCAGUGAGUCACAGGUCAGAAUAGCCCUGUUCUCCUUCUUCCUUCUCCUCUACCUCAUCAUUCUUCUGGGCAAUGGACUCAUCAUCACCCUGAUCUACAUGGACUCACACCUCCACACACCCAUGUACUUCUUUCUCAGCAUCCUCUCCUUGGUGGACAUGAGCUAUGUCACUACCACCAUGCCCCAGAUGUUGAUUAAUAUGGUGUGUCCAAAGAAAACCAUCUCCUGGGGAGCUUGUGUAGCCCAAAUGUUCAUCUUCUUGGUCCUGGGCAUUGCUGAGUGUGUGCUCUAUGCCAUUAUGGCCUAUGACAGGUAUGUGGCCAUUUGCUUCCCCCUUCACUAUCCCUUGCUCAUGGGCCGCUCCAUUUGUAUCAAGAUGGUCACAGGCUGUUGGGCCAUUAGCAUAGCUGGGGCCCUGAUCUACACUGUCUUCACCAUGCGUCUGCCUUAUUGUGGCCCCUACAAGAUAAACCACUUCUUUUGUGAGGUCCCUGCCGUCCUAAAGUUGGCCUGUGCAGACACAUCCUUCAAUGACCAUUUGGACUUCAUCUUGGGUUUCACCCUGCUCUUGGUCCCAUUCUCCCUCAUCCUGGUCUCUUAUGUCUGCAUCUUUGCCUCCAUCUUAAGAAUCCACUCAUCCCACGGGAGGCUCAAGUCUUUCUCCACAUGUGCCUCCCACAUUACUGUGGUCAUUAUGUUCUAUGGGCCAGCCAUGAUAAUGUACAUGAGGCCUGGCUCCUGGUAUGACCCAAAGCGGGACAAGAAGCUAGCUCUGUUCUACAAUGUUGUCUCUGCCUUCCUCAACCCCAUCAUCUACAGCCUCCGGAACAAAGAUGUAAAGGGGGCCUUUCUGAAUGUAUUUGGUAACAGAAGGGCAUCUCAGUGACCCAGGAUGUUUCAGAGUUGCCCAGAGUCAUGGACAACAAUGACUAUGUCAUGGUUCAAGGCCAUCGCUUUAUUGCUUUUCCUGGAUUCUCUCUUCACCCUCUGGAAGUUUCUGUCAGUUCAAUCAGAUCACAGUCAAAUGUUUAACAUGCACACAUGCUUUUCUACAGUGUAGAGGAUUUGGGAUAAAAAUCAUGUAAAGAGUAGACAGAUCAUACGGAAGCACAGUCUUGCAUUACUGUCUGACAUGCACU